AUGGUAGAAGAAUGGCUUCGACAAGCGUCUGCUUCUAGAGCGAAAAAUCAUGGCUAUCAAGUUGAAGUCGAGCAUCCUCUCGAAAACGGAACGAAUCAAUUGCCGCGAGACUCUGCAAAACAGCAGCCCAACAGGGCAUUGCUAAAUAGGCAAUAUGAUGCGUUUGUUCGUGAAUGGGGCUACUUCUUGAAGGAGCAUGCCUCAAAAAAAAGCGACGGUCCGUUUGAGCUAGACCGAUGUCUAUGGGGUGCAUUGGGGUCUGGAAACCUUUUGUCCCAUGGACCUAGUCAAUACACAAGCUUCCUCCUUUUGAAUGAGGAGGAAAGUAAAGACCCAAGGGAAAUAUCAUGCUUUGAAUGCGUUAACGAUGAAGGGACCGAAAUGCUGGUCGUGAGACCUUUAAACGAUGACAAAGAUUCCAAUGGGAAAAAUUUUUUGUGCACGAGGUGGUUGAUGAUAAAUUCAGAAAAGGCAAUUGUAAAACGCGAACAGACUCUGCAGGUGGUCAAAUAUCAUGUAUCGCUGUACACUCAUCCCAUGUCUGGUGUGGCUGGAAGGCCGCCAGCAAUCUCCUGUACCUCCGACUUUCGCUUUCUGCGCAUUGGAUCAAAGUUAUUCUAUGCUCCGAAGUGCACAACGUUCGUUCCACUGAAUGGAUCCAGCAAAUUUUACUUUGAGGAGAUUGCAAGCUUUGGCGGAUUCAUUGCUUUGGCGACCAGGAGAUCAAUCUCAGGAGACGACUUCUGUGUCGACAACCUCAUCUGCAACGACCGUGAUGACGGAGCUGACCUCUGUCUACGGGAAUUAUUUGCUGAUCUCGACGGGGCGUCAUAUGAGCACCCAGAUUCACAUAAGAAACUGGAUGUCACAAAUAAUUCUUCGACAUCAUCAUUUGCCUCAUCACUGGCCUCCCUCAAGAUUCGGGAUGACGGUAAUAACUUAUCCGAAGAUGCCGAGUCCUUGAAGUUGGACUCUGAGAGUAAUUUCUCGUCCAAUAAGACCAAUUCCGCCCACGAGUCAUAUAGCGAGGAUUCAGCUUCCACUCGAUCUGAUGAAAUCAAAGAGUGGAGCAAUUUUUCUUCAGAAUCAGAACUCAAAAUUGACAAUGAGCUGGAGUUGUCUGAUGAAGACGAUCUGGAAAAGCUCUCUGAUACAAACGUUAAACAAGAGCAUCCAGUAGAUUCCGACUCGUCCGAUAUCAGCGAUGCAGAUCCAGACGAAUUCCUUUCUAAGCUGGAAGAUGCAUCUAAAAACAAAACAAUCGACUGCGACCCCAGUGAAGAUGAGGAAGAGGACGAAAACUAUGACUCGGAUUCUGAAUACGAGGAAAGCUACUAUUCCGGUUCCGAAGAUGACGGAUACGGUGAGAAUGAGGGCGGCACUGGCUUUGCAGCCUUUCUCGACCGGUCACGCCAAUCGAUCCGCAAGUGUCCUGCCCACGAGCGAGGGAGGUUGGAGAUAAUUGACGGUUUCUCUGGAACCGCCGUCUUUCACUUUGACCAUGUAUUUCCAGACAUGCUCUUCUCAUCGCCGCCAGUAUUUCACCUUGGUUCACCACUGGUUGUCUGGCCACUAUGCGAUGGAGAGGUUCUCUUUGCCGAUUUCGUGGAAAACAGUUAUUUCAUCCGGAAACUCGUGAGAACCGCGUCAAAAAUGUCAAAACUUGCCUCCAUCAAAUGCAAAUUCUCGGGUGGGGGAGAAUACCUACAUGUUGCUGCACUUGAGUCGCAAAAGGAUGAGAGCAAUAAAGAGGCACAAGGAAUAGAUGGAAACAAGGGUGUGCCGAACAAAGACCUGAUACGCCUCACAUUACACAUUUCGACGCAUCGACUCUCUAUUAUGAACGCCUCUCGCGUUCCACCACGACUAAUUUUCCGCAUUGCCAUUCCCCUGGGCACCACAAUCGAUUCCGACCAACCAUACGUUCCGGCAGCAAGCUUUCCAUAUGGUUAUACGCUCACCUGGUCUGAACAAUAUGCAUACUUAGUCAAGAGCUCUGUGGAAUUGCAAGUUAUAAGGAUUCCGCUGUUCCAAACCCGUACUCGUUCCCCAAACGGCGCCCUCCGUACAUCGUCCCACACUGAGAAUGGGGAACUUCACAAUCACAAACAGGAAUCCCAGGUUACGGUGACAACUAAACCUAUUUUCCUUCCGCAAUCUUCUACCGAGAGGGCAAUCUACUACUUUCCUCCUCCCAACUCAAUAGUGCAUUCAGAGGGAUUACUGGACCCGCCUGCAACAUCCGACCCAGAUCGCAAAACAAAAUCAACAGUCAUCAUUGGCUCUUCUCCCGUUGGAAACCGCUUCAUUGCUGCCCAUGAAAUUGCUGCUCCUCUGGGACUAUAUCUUGACGAAGAAACUGAUCUGGGCGGAUGGAAGACCCUGAACAACGACAUUGAUGCCAAAGAAGCAACAGAUAAAGUCAAGAACGUGGAAUAA